AUGGGCCUUUAUAGUGUUAAAUCUAUGUGUGCAGUAGUAGAAGCUCGAUGGUUCACUGAGGAUGGUUGGUCAGUACCUCAAAUCUUAAGGCCUAUUUUACCUUCCAAAAUUGCUUUAUUUUUGUGGCAGGUACAGAAGAACAGAAUAGCUUCUAAGGAGAAUCUAGCUCAAAGAGGGGUGGUCUUAGAGAAUGGUGCGCCCUGCAUCUUUUGCUUGUCCACAACAGAGUCGGUGGCUCAUCUUUUUUUGCAUUGUCCGAGAAUUUGGAUGUUAUGGAUAGCUGUGUUACACAGGGAGGGCAUUUCCUGGUCUGCUCCAGCAUCAAUUUCGACAUUGCUGGAUGAAUGGGGUGCGUUGCGUAAAAGUACCUCAAGAAUUUUAUGGGAUUUGAUUCCUUAUGCAUUAUGCUGGGAGAUAUGGAUGGCACGGAAUAAUGUGAUUUUCCAUGAUAAAAUUUUUGAUCCAGAAGCUAUUUGGGAGUCUCAUGCAUUUUUAAUAUUUACCUGGAUGAGAGCUUGGUGGAAAGAUUGUCCUUAUGAUGCAAAUCAGUUUGCAAGGGGUUUCACAAAAAUUGAUGUACAUGCUAAGGUUAGCACGCGGCCUGUCAUAUCUUGGAAACCACCUCAAGGAUUGAUUCUGAAAUUCAAUGUGGAUGGUUCUUUCCAAUCGGGCAGGGCGGGCAUUGGGGGGAUUCUGAGGAAUAAUGUCAAGAAGGUGGCUGGAAAAUUCUCUAGAAAGGUGGAGGUAAAACGUGCGGAUGAGGCAGAGGUUUUAGCAAUCUUAUAUGCCUUAUUAUUUUGCCAACAGUUCAUGGUAUAUUCGGUAGAAAUUGAGAGUGACCCAAGUCUCGCAGUGGAUUGGGUGUGCGGGACAAAAAACAGACCUUGGAAUUUAACAAAUGAGUUGAAUAUGAUUGACUAUUUACUUCCAUUGGUGGCUUGUCGUGGGGUAUCACAUAUUUUGAGGGAGGGGAACAUGGAGGCGGACAAGUUAGCAAAGGAGGGAUGUUCUCGUGAGGAGCCAAUUUGA